AUACCCUUAGAUAGACGCUGCUGAGAAAACCCUCCACGAAACCCUCGUUAUCUGUACUGCGGUAGUACUCGUACAGCACAGUAUCGUACUCGAUAUGAGUUUACAUGGCCCAGCCGAUCUACCAAGAUCAGGAGAUAUUGGACCCGUAAACCCUUCAUAAUCCACACUCGUGCCACGAGAGAGAUUCCUCAUUCCCGUCCUUGCACUUUCAGGGCAUUAAAACGCUUCCCCAUAAUACUCCAAGCGACAUUGCGCCUGCCCGACGAAAGCCCUAUGCAGUGAGCCUUUCAUCCAGCUUCCAACGGACUCCGUACCAGAUCCGGGAUCCCCACCUCAGUCCCGGCAGCUUUUCAGCUGAUCAAGUGCCGGAACCUAACCAGGGAUAGGCUAGCCUCCCUCCCGCAGAAAAAAAAGUAAAAUAAAAUAAAUCAUGGAGUUAUCAAGGCGGUACUAGUACAUGUACAGUACAGUACGUGAAGAAUCCCCCUUGCACGCAUUGCUCAGCCUCCAGACUGAUGUUGGCGCAGUACCGGUACUGUUGAGAUGAGUGCUCUUCAGCACCACACUCGAGUUACCGGCAUUAUUCCUCCAGGUUACCGUACUGAUACUGUACCAGUACUCGAGUACAGUACAACAACACUAGCGCAUUAGGAGACUUUACAGUUGCGCAACUACCGACUUGUCAGCAGAAGUACAAGUACCGCUACCCUACUUGUACCGUACUGAAACGGCUAGCGGCCGCACAAAAUGAGGUGGCUUAAAAAAACUCCGCUACACGAGUAAGCCUUCGUCUAAGCGGGGAGAAACCCCAUCCAGACCCUGCACCCAGCCUACCUCGUAUCGCUCCACUUUCGCGAAGCUUCUAUUCGUACAGCCACACUGGCAACAAUACUCGAGUACAGCACGAGUACUGUGCAACCACCCCGGGCAUUGGCCCCAGAAUGUUACAGCGCUCAGUGGUUGGGAAGAUGGCAUAUAAACCAGCGAAGCCCCUAAAUCAUCCCACGACUCACCCUCUCGAAGUAGUGGCUUCAGAGACAUACCGGUACUAGCUUGAGCUCAGGCAGCAAGCAAGCAAGACAGCAAAGCGAAGCCGGGAUGUCCUUCGGGUUCUCGGUAGGCGACUUUAUCGCCAUAAGCGGCUUGAUCCUCAACCUCGUCGAUGCUCUGGACUCCAACACCGGUUCAAAGGCACAGUACUCGAGACUAUCGGACGAGUUGAAGUCGCUACAUAGCGCAUUCCUGGCGGUUAAGGACGUGGUGCAGAAUUUGCGGCGUGGGGACAAAUCCAAUUCUUCUACCGCCAAUGCGAUAACUUAUGAGGUUGAGUGUUGCCGGAAGUUGAUUCUGGACUUCACAGCUGAUACGGAGAAGUAUCGCGAGAGUCUGUGUCAUGGCGGCUCUGGUAGGAAGGUUAAGGACGCUUGGAGGAAGAUUAGUUACAAAAUCUUUAAAGAGGAGGACGUGGCUAUUCUAAAGGACUCGCUGAGGCGGAGGAUUGAGGCCAUUAAUAUUUUGUUGAUGGUCGCGGGGAUGUAUGUUUUUCUUCCUAUGAUACCAUACUCCUUCCCGAGCGUGAGGACUUGACAAACGGGAGGGCUCAGCGAACAAGGCCGGGCGGAUUCGGGAUUCGCCAAGACACUCCGUACGGCCUGUUCCUUGAACCUUCCUGUCCGUUGAGCUGCUCACGGUCUGCCAUGCUCUGGAGCGUCGGGCUAAUAUUCAUAAAAGCCGCUCGGUCUUCUCCCUAGAGGCCAAAGUCUCGGAUAUGGAACUCGCUAUCCGCGUGCAGCAGCCGGAGAUCCCCAAAAAGCUCGGCGCAAACAUCGAGGGCUCUAUCGUGCUGCAAGAUCCCCUCGGGAGGACCUUCCCGGUACCAUUCGUGGUGUGUGCAACGUCGGAGAUGUUCCACAACUUCUUGGAGUUGUCAUUUCGUGGCCUACCCGGCCACCAGAAGGUGCUCUCAAGGGAGUACUCUGUUACCGAUGAGGAGUCUCAGAGGGAGAUCACCUCGACCGGGUGGCUCGAGAAUAUUACCUCCGGGAGGCUAAUAUCUAUGAGCAUGCUGUUCCGUCACAUGGACAGCGCGCCCAAGGUCACCGAUUUCAAGAGUAAGUGUCCAAGCUGUAAGACUCUGGGCGCGUUUAGCACUGCCGGGGAUAGCCGUGGGUGGAUUCAGUGGUAAUACUCUCUUCUCUUCGUCCCUUACCUUCUGUGUUGGUUCUGACAGUCAACUAAUAUAACCCCCCAGCAAAUUCUGCCAACUCUGGACACAGCACUCAAAAGAGUGCCCUGUCGACACCCCUGUUCGCGUUCUUGCACCGAGACACGAUAAAUCCAGAUCCCCGUCCGAAACACCCCCAUCGCCGCUUCCACCGCCAGAUGUGUCAACAGUCUCGAAGGAGCUGUCCCCCUUCCGCCGGGUAAAAAUGGUGGAGGUCUCGCGGGUCAGCUAUUUGUCUGCCCUGCGGGCGGCAAAGGAACUAGCCAACGACCAAAGGCUCUGCCAGGAGUUGGUGCGGAAGCUGGAGAAUAUAGGGGAUUCGAGGUUUGUUGAAACCGAGUUCUUGGACGAGAGUAUUGUCUGUGAGUGCCCAUGCGAUGGAUUGGUGGGACGACGCUCGCACCUGGAUCCUUUCUUUCCCACAAAGGGGAGGGUUAGUGAGAUUGCAUGAUGUCAUAUAAAUGUAGUUCAGCCGUUGGGUGCCCGAUAUACAGGUUUACCCCCCGGUUUUGUGUGUAUGUAUGGUUGGUGGAGGUGUAUAUACCGGCUGUGCACAGCGGGAUUUAUUCUUUUUGCUGUUCCGAGCACUGGUCCGGCGUUGAAGUCAGACCAACGUGGCCAGGAUGCCUGGGUAUAUGGGAUAAUUGAGGAUUAUGAAUACCCACGAGUGAUACGGUAUGGUAAUCACAGUGAAUUAUGUAUGAUAAAUUAACGCACUUUAGGCAGAACUUUUAGAUUUUUGUGAUUUCUAUGAUAUAAUCUAAGCCUUAUUUACAUAG